AUGAGCGACGUGGCCGAGUGCAUCCGGCGCCUAAGGGGCGCCGGUCAGGAUCAUAUCCUGGAUAUUCUUGAGCAUGGCAACGAAAAGGACCGAUCGGCGCUGGUCAAGCAGCUGACGGUGGAACUUCAUGGCGUGGAUUUUUACCACCUCAACCAUGUCCUGCGCCAGAGCCUGGAGCACUGCGCGGAUCACAACAGCACCGCUGAGAUGGAGCCACCGCCAGAUAACUUUUUGUUUGACGCUCUUGAGGCACGGCGCAGCGGAGACAAAUGCGUUGGGGAGCUGGAGAAACUUGGUUAUGAGGCUAUUCACGCCGGACGUGUGGCAUUUCUUAUCUUGGCAGGUGGCAGCGGGACUCGACUUGGCGCGACUGUUCCCAAAGGCCUCUUCACGUGCAAAGGGCUUCGUGAAGGGAAGUCGUUGUUUCAAAUUCACAGUGAGAAAAUACUCCGACGCGAAGAGCUUGCGACCUCCCGCUGCGGAGGUGCUCCCUCGGCAAAGAUACAGCUCCUGGUGAUGACUUCUACACAGAACGAUGAGCAGACACGGCGGUUUUUUCAAGAGGCGAACUACUUUGGGCUUGCGGAGGAGCAGGUGCACUUCUUCCUGCAAGCGUCUCUUCCCUGCUACGACGAAGACACGGGAAGAGUCCUCAUGGAGUCCUCCAAUCGCAUUUCUGCUGCACCAGGCGGGAACGCCGGGGUGUAUCCGGCGUUAAUGAAUGUUCCUCAGGGUGCGAAGGAGUCACUGAUGCAGCGGUUGGAGCGUCUUGGCGUAACGUACGUUCAGAUUGGAAACGUGGACAACCUGAUUACCAAGGUUGCCGACCCAUUGUUUGCCGGGUACGCCCUAAAGGAGGAGGCACAUGUCGUGGUAAAGGCAUGUCCAAAGGCCAGGCCAGACGAGGCCGUGGGUGUUUUUGCGCGUGUCCGCGAAAAAUGGGGGGUGGUAGAGUACACUGAAAUUGGUGAGAGGGCGGCGGAGGUGCACGCUGCAACUGGGGAACUCAAGUUUAACUGUGCAAAUAUAUCAUCCUACAUAUGUAGCGUUCGCUUUCUGCAGCUUGCGGCCGAUCGUAUGAAGUCCUUUACGCGGUACCACGUCGCACGUAAGAAAAUACCAACCGUAAAUGGUCCGACGCUGGGGAUCAAACUGGAGGCGUUCAUUUUUGAUCUCUUUCGCUAUGCCAAGGAGUGUGUGAACCCAGCCGUGGGGGGCGGUGACGGCUUUCGCAUUAUGCAAGUGGAUCGCAGUGAAGAGUUUGCCCCCAUUAAAAAUGCGGAGGGAGCAGCAAGUGACACGGCGAGUGAUGCGUCGCGGCUCUUGUGGACGCUACACACGCGAUGGUUGUCUGCGGCGCUCAGCUCCGCUUCCGCGGGAGGGGGCGAGGACGCCCAAGCCGCAGCGGCGGCACUUGCGGCGCUGCGGCGCAAAAAGGUAGCUGUGGAAAUAUCACCGCUUGUAUCAAGCGAGGGGGAAGGCCUGAAGCCGUACCUGCCAUGUGUGGUACGUGAACUUCUAAGUGAUUCCUGCGACCGGGUCGUUAUUCGGCGGCCGGACGAGGCCCCGCGGAACCCCUCAAACGUCUAG